GCAACAUAGCCAUUCGCCAGAUGUGUUGUGGUUGUCAGUCGUCACAGCUGUGGUGCGCACUGCGAUACUGCGAUGCUCAACUGUUCGCGGACGAGACCGACCGAGGGAGAACAACAAAAAUAACGCGUAGAAAACCAGAAGCACAGACCAGAAGGGAGAAACAGCGUAGGUGAAGAGACGCAGAGAAUAACAGUCAGUUUUAUGUGAGAAGUGGACGGUCACGUGCGGUCGGAAUGUAACGCAAAAUAUUUUGAUAAUACGCAGUAUUGUGUUUUGGUGUUGAUAAAUAAAAUUGGAAGCAGUGACGUUAAUAUCGAUGGCUAAACGAGUGCAAGAGUGGUUUUCGCGACUUUUGCCGUGGAAAAAACGGAACCAUGCAGCUGCUGCUAGCACAUCUAAACAAGAUACUUUAGCACGAACUUUGGGGAGAUUUGAAAAUUAUGUUGUCGAAGUUCAAAAAUUGUUGAUAUGGGAAAAUCCUGUGUAUAGUCUCGUGAGCGUAAUUGUGGUUAAUGUUUUGUUUUGGUUUUCCACCAGUUUUGAGUUGUCCUUCUAUUGUUUCGUGUUUAUGGCUCUUCUUGUGAUAAGUGCAUAUAAUUUUGUUUCGGAGAAAUGUUAUUUACCCCAUCCUACAGGGGUUGAAACACAAGACUGGACACCUGUACAUCCAAGCAUCCUGACAGUACCUGAGAUAAGCCACUACCUCAGCAUGGCACACUGCCUUGCCAGGGAUUACUACGUGUGGCUACGCACAGUGCGAAGUGAGCAACCAGAAGUGUUCUGCGUGGGAAUGUGCUCGUUCUUCCUGGGCCUGACCGUGAUUGGCCGCGCCGUGCCCGGCCUCCUGAUCCUGUACGUGCUGGUGAUGGGCGCCAUGACGCUGCCCGGGGCGUGCAACCACCUGCUGCCGGAGUCUGCGCUCGACAGACUGCGGGCCCUGCCUGCGGUCUUCAGGGCGGAUAACGACAGCGAGGAAGAGUACCUGCCCGACCAGUCGGGCGAGAACUUGGUGUUCCUCCAGCGUGCGGGAGAGGACUCUGACAAGGAAAACGACCUUGAAGAGACCAACCACUUCGCAGAAUCACUUACUCUCGACUCUGAGCCCGGAGAUUCGUCGGGCACCGGGACACAGACGUCCUUCAGCGCGGGCGUGAACGCGAUGCCCUCCCACGACGACGGCAGCGUCGACGGCCUGGACGAGAGCGAGUUCGACCUCCCGGCGCCCGGCCCCGCCGAGACGCUCGGCCGCGCCGAACGGCGGCUGGACCCCGAGGCCUCCGACUCGGACGAAGACGAUGUCGCCGAGAUCCAGUUCCAGAGCUCGCACUUCAAUGGCGACAGCUCCGAGGAGGAGGAGGAGAAGCUGGCGCGGGGGCUGUCGUUCUCGGACGAGAGGCCCCGGCAGGAAGCCCCGAGGCAGUCGCUGGGCGGGAUGCUGGCGUCCACGGUCGUGGGGGCGGUCUCCAAGAACAUGUCGAGCCUGGGGCUGAUGGGGCAGAGCCUGCUGUCGACCGUGGUGGGCGGCCUGUCGACGGGUCGGGCACAGACUCCCGGCAGGGACGAGGAGGUCUCCUCCGGCGACAGUGACGACUUUGAAAUGAUAUCCGAGGAGGACUAUUCGUAGUGGCUUUUCCCGGAGAAGAACCAGCCGAUAGAUUAUAAUUUUUUAUCAUGACAGAAACUGUGCCAUCAGGAGGCAGUUCUAGGCAAGCAGGUUGCAUGGAUUAACUAUGAUGAGACAAAUUUCCUGCAAGUUCUAUGGUGUCGCACCUAGUCCUUGUUCGAUAGGGCUUUUCGAAACCUGCCAGUGAGAAUAAGAGCUUUAUUCUUCGAGGGAUAUUAAAAAUAACAUGAUUCUUACUGCCAAAUUUACAAGUACUCAACGGUUGCCUGAACUUGCAAGUUCAUUGCUCUCAUUUUGAUUUAUAUGUAGACUAAGUACUUACUAACCUUCAAAGCCUAACUAACAUACUGUGUUUUUCGAAAGGAACGUUUUGGGAAUCUAGCACUGGAUUUUGACAUUCAGCAAACAAUAUUAUGCUCAUGUGUACGUUUUAUUGCCAUCAGGUAGCUUAUUUCAAUUGUAUUAUAAUUUUUCUUUGGCAUAUCCAACAAAACUAUCAAUGUUCAAUAAUCUGGCCUAAUUGCUAAUCCAACAUGGCCGUAGUCCUGAAUGUGCUUGAUUAAGGAGAUUUAACUGCAUUAAUGUUAAACACAUUGGCCAUCAUUAGAUCGUCGACAAACUCACAUUGAAUAGAUACCGUAUUUACCUGAAUGAGCCUUGCACACCUAUUAUUUAGACCAUAACCAAAAAUAUUUGUUGCAUAAAAUAAGCUUGGCACCAAAUUUUUAAAAACAGAACUUGGCACCAUAUUUCAAGUUUAUAGGAAAUAUUUAUUCUGGACUUAAUGUAAUUAUUUGAAUUAAUUAAUUUUUAAGGUUUUCUGUAAAAAUAAUUGCAUAUUUGGUACCAUUCAUUAUGUCUACCGGUUAUUUUCUCCAGCAUUCUUUGUUCUUGUUACAAGAGUAUGUAGUACUAUUUAAUGUAUCAGUAUUUAUGUUAAGAAUCUUUAUGUAAAUACACAUCUGUAAAUAUA